CUCAUACGUAGGAUUAGAUUUACGUAAACGCUACAGUUAAACUAGUACCACGGCUGAUCUAUAUUGACCUAUAGCGAUGAGUUGAAUCUGUGUCCACAGAACCCAAAAUAAUGGCGGAGUAUGUACAGAAAAAAGCGACGUCGCUGUUCGGAAACCUCAAAUAUGAACCUUUAAUUGCGGGUGUCACUGGCGGUGUUAUUUCUACGUUAGCUCUGCAUCCAUUGGAUUUAGUAAAAAUACGGUUUGCAGUAAGUGAUGGGUUGACAAGUAGGCCGACUUAUUUUGGGAUUGUACAUGCUUUCAAAUCAAUUGUCAAAGACAGAGGGUUCUUAGGUCUUUAUCAAGGGGCUACACCCAAUGUCUGGGGUGCUGGUGCAUCAUGGGGCUUAUAUUUUUUCUUUUAUAAUGCAAUCAAGUCUCAUAUGCAGGACAGUCAAAAUGAAUUGCUUGGACCGGGUAAACAUAUAACAGCUGCCGCUUCCUCAGGUGUUCUAACGUUACUAUUGACAAAUCCCAUCUGGGUGGUUAAAACAAGACUCUGUUUACAGUAUGAAGGUGUACGUAAUGUAUCCAAGUCUGUCGUUAAAACUCAACCCAAGCAAUAUAAAGGAAUGACCGAUGCUUUAAUUAAAAUUUACAGAUACGAGGGAAUCAGGGGACUCUAUAGGGGAUUAGUACCAGGGUUAUUUGGGGUAUCCCAUGGUGCAUUGCAGUUCAUGGCUUAUGAAGAAUUAAAGAAACUUUAUAAUCACCACUAUAAGCAAUCCAAUGACACUCAUCUGGGGGCCACUCAGUACAUAACAUUUGCUGCGUUAUCUAAACUAUUUGCCGUCAGCGUGACCUACCCGUACCAAGUAGUACGUGCUCGACUACAAGACCAACACAAAGCCUACAAAGGUGUCAUAGACGUUAUCAACAGAACAUGGAAAUAUGAAAGAUACAAAGGUUUCUACAAGGGUUUGGCACCAAAUUUAUUACGGGUAACCCCGGCAACCUGCAUCACUUUUGUGGUCUACGAAAAGAUGAAGCAUGCAUUAAUGCCAUUAAAAGUGUCAACAUGA